CGCGGGAGCGGGAUGGAGAGCAGCAGCCCGCGGCCCCCGAGGCCCAGCUCGGGUCCCGCGCUGAGCCUGGACGCCCGGCUGGGCGUGGACACGCGCCUCUGGGCCAAGGUGCUGUUCACCGCGCUCUACUCGCUCAUCUUCGCCCUGGGCGCGGCGGGCAAUGCGCUGUCCGUGCACGUGGUGCUGAAGGGGCGCGCCGGGCCCCCGGGGCGCCUGCGCUACCACGUGCUCAGCCUGGCGCUCUCCGGGCUGCUGCUGCUGCUGGUCAGCGUGCCCAUGGAGCUCUACAACUUCGUGUGGUUCCACUACCCCUGGGUGUUCGGCGACCUGGGCUGCCGCGCUUACUACUUCGUGCGCGAGCUGUGCGCCUACACCACCGUGCUGAGCGUAGCCGGCCUGAGCGCCGAGCGCUGCCUGGCUGUGUGCCAGCCCCUGCGCGCCCGCCGCCUGCUGUCGCCGCGUCGGACCCGCCGCCUGCUGUCGCUCAUCUGGGCCGUCUCCCUCGGCCUCGCCCUACCCAUGGCAAUCAUCAUGGGGCAGAAGUACGAGGUGGAGACGGCUGGCGGGGAGCCGGAGGCCGCCUCGCGCGUGUGCACCGUGCUGGUGAGCCGCGCCACGCUCCAGGUUUUCAUUCAGGUGAAUGUGCUGGUAUCCUUCGUGCUCCCCUUGGCAUUAACUGCCUUCCUGAACGGGGUCACUGUGAGCCACCUGGUGGCCCUCUGCUCCCAGGUGCCGUCCACUUCCGCCCCAGCCAGCCCCACCCCCAGCCACAUGGAGCUAACAAGUGAGGAGAGGAGGACGCUCCCCCUGGGGGGCCGGGCCAGCCUGGUGCAACACAAGGACUCCAGCCGUCUCCGCCGUCUCCAGCACAGCGUCCAGGUUCUCAGAGCCAUUGUGGGUGUGUAUGUCGUCUGCUGGAUGCCGUACCACGUCCGCAGGCUCAUGUACUGCUACGUUUCCGAUGACGGGUGGACUGGGGCACUCUACAAUUUCUAUCACUAUUUCUACCUGGUGACGAACACGCUUUUCUACGUUAGUUCAGCGGUGACCCCUGUCCUGUACAACGUCGUGUCCUCCUCCUUCAGAAAACUCUUCCUGAAAGCCCUCGGCUCCCUGUGUCGAGAGCACCACCACAUGGAGCCAUGACCCCUCGGAGCCCCGGGGACCCUCUGAAUGGACCCAGCUCUGGACUCCGGGGAUCCCCCCAGACACGCCCACCCGGACGAAACAGAAGACUGAACGAAGCAAACAGUGACUGACGGCUCGGUCACCUAGCAUUCUGACGAGCGAUGUUCUCACAAGUAACUCGGGCUCUGUAGUCAGAUACACUCACCUGGACCCCUGGCCCCACCACUUACCAGCUGUGUGACUGCAGGCGAGUCGCUUCCACGCUGAGCCUUGGUCUUCCCAUCUGUGUGAUGAACAGUACCCAGCUCUUAGAGUCGUUCGAAGAUUAAAGUGCUUAGCACGGUGCCUAGUGCAUAAUAAAUAAUAAAC